CCAAUCAUAUGAAUGUCUUCCUAUGAAUAAUAAUAAUGGCAAAAUUUAUCUUUAUUCAUCAAAUUUCAAAUAUAUGAUGAUCCAAUUCACUCCCUUAAAUGCCGACGCUGUUCCUUCGCAGGCCCAGAUACUGGUGGAUCCUCUCGAUGCACCGUUCCGGGAAUGCGAAAAAGAAUAUAAUUUAGCACUUCGUCGCGAUCAUGAUAGCGCAAAAGAGACUUAUAAACGACUUCUUAAACACGAAUUAAUGAAGAAUCCAGUGUACCAAACAGAUAACAAUGGUAUUCCAUUAGCACAGCGAAUAACUAGAUUAAAGUAUUGUAUUUUAAGAAAUUAUGGUGAGAUAUGGGAGAAAGAGUAUGAAAUGCAAAAAACAAGAAUGGAUGCUCAAAAUGCGAUUGAAUAUUAUAAUAGG